CUGCAAGUGCUUCGCGGGCCUUCUUCCUAUCAUCUAACUCCGUAGAAGCUUUGAAUGGAUCAGACUAUGGAUCUAUCCGCCCCGAUCCAGAACUUACCCUCCGAAUUGCUAAUCGAGAUCUUCUGGCACUGCACCUCAGAAGCGAUCUCGUCCGCUAUGAAGAUUCUUCACGUCUGCUCGCAAUGGCGUUCGAUCGCGCUAAACGCGCCGGUGCUCUGGACAAAUUUGUCGCUCCUCCGUCGGCAGGUGUCCUCUCCCAAGCACGUUCCUCACGUCGUCGACUGGUUCACAAGAGCGCAACCACUUCCCGUCGAUGUUCACGUGCAGUCUCGCCAGCAUCCGGAAUUCAGGUUCGACCAUAGACCUGAGGACGCUAUUGUCCGCGGCCUGCUCGCCUCCAGCGGCUACAGUGUACAUCCCGCAUCGCAGAUACGGGAGAUCUAUGUCUUUGCGGACCCAAGGGACUUCGUCAACAUCGUGCACGGACUUCCCAACAAUGCCUUUGCGCAGCUACGCCGCCUGGAAAUUGAGUGCGAUUAUAGCAAUAUAGUCAUCGACCAGCUCGUCGAUCAGCCUAUCACAGCAUUCAGGGACUGCCCUCAGCUAUCGCACGUCAGCUUAAUGGGCCUGUGGUGCCUUACAAGGGAACCACUGUCUUUCCUACUUCCCCUUCCCUGGUCGCAACUCACCUACCUGCGGUUGAGUCGGUGUAAUUACACCCACAGGGUUAUCGAUAUCCUGACCCAGUGCACCGACCUCCAGCGCGCAGAUCUUGAGGGGACUAUCCACCAUCGUGGCGCAGAGGCGUCAGACGUAGUCCGUGUCAUCGACCACUGGUCCCUCGCGUCUCUUGAAGUGACGACUGCCACAGAUGAAUGGCCAGCGGACCUCUUCCGCAUCGUCAGAUACCCCAUGCUGCAUGAAUUAACGCUGGCAUUCCAAACCUGGGGUUAUGCAUGGGGCCGCGACACAGAGUGGGAUCUUGUAUGCCAGGCAGUCCCUCAGUUCCCUGCACUCUCGAAGUUUACACUGCGCGGCGUGUACACUCGCUUUGCUGAAGCCGACAUCAUGAAUCUUCUCGUGGCCCUUCCUCCAACACUGCAAUCCAUUCGCUUUGACAACUGUCUCCUACAAACGGAACUCUUUGUCCACUUCCGAGUCGACGAUGAUAACGCUUGCCUGCCAUCUCUCAAUACUCUCAUCUUCAGCAACAUCAAUUUCGAAGAGUCAUCAACCUGGGAUGGCGCAUUGUUGGAGGAGGAACUGUGCGGGAUGGUGGAGUCGCGCGUCUGCUACGACAAAGUAGAGCGCCUGCGCACCUUCGAGGUGACCUUCUCCCCGAGCGAAAAAUGGGUGUUGGGCCCCAGUGCUUGCGAGAGACUGCGCUCGCUUGAAGGGCUGGAGUACCCUACCACCAGCAGCGGUCCUCGUACGUACCUUGACAAGGGUUUUGGGAACCAUCUUCAUCUCGACACUCAAGUCUGCGUACGAGCGAAGGCAGAGCUCAUGGAUUUGUCUGCUCCGAUCCAUUGCCUACCUCCCGAGCUCAUGGUCGACAUUUUCCGAUAUCACACGCUGGAGGCGAUCUCGUCGGCUAUGAGAAUUGUUCACGGUCCUAUUGACGAUUCUGGCGACGUGCGUCCUGCGUCGCAGGUCCGAAAGCUCUUUGUCAACGGAUACCCUGCGGAUAUGGCGAGCAUGUUCGACGGACUUCCCGAGGAUGCUUUCCCGCGGCUGCAAUCCUUGUCCAUCACCGAGUCAUGUAGCUAUGAGGUUGACGAGCAGCUGGCUGAGCAGACCAUCUCUGCAUUCAAGCGUUGUCCACUCUUGACGGAUGUUACCAUUCAGAUGAUGUACCGCCUUACAAGGGAAUCACUGUCGUCUUGGUUGCCCCUUCCGUGGUCGCAAGUUACCACUCUACGCCUGGAGGGCUGUCUUGCUAGCCAUAGAAUUGUCGAUGUCCUGCUCCAGUGCAAAAGCCUAUGGCUCGCCGUCAUCCAAGGGACCAUCAGUGGUGGUGAAGGUCUGCCCGUUGCGCCCGGUUACAUAGACCUUCCCCGCCUCCACUAUCUCGAGGUGCAGUUUGAUGAGCUCCAAUGGCCCACAAACCUCUUCCGCGUACUGAGGUACCCUGCGGUGGAAAGGUUGACACUGCACUUUCGGAGCGACCACUACCUAUGGGCAUGGGGAAUACAGCGGCAGGACCUACUACUAGCGGCGCCCCAGUUCCCCGCGCUCUGGAAGUUGACGCUGCGCGGCGCGGAUAUCCACAGCGACGAAGACGAUCUCAUGGCAUUCCUCGCAGCCCUUCCUCGGACCAUGCGAUUCCUCCGCUUCAUCGAGUGCCUCAUAUGGCCAGCCUUAUUUGAGCGCAUCCGGGUCGACGACGGUGUCGCCCCCGCCCUACCAAAUCUGACAGAAUUGGUAUUCACCGACAUCGAGGUGCGCGAAGCCGACUUAUUAGAGGCCGGCGAGGUGGACCCAGAGGGGAAGUUGUGCCGGAUGGUGAAAUCGCGCGUCCGUUCCGACAAGGUGGAGUGCUUGCGCGCCUUCGAAUUCUCCUACCGAGCCGAGCAACGGUUGGCCCCCGAUACAUACAGGAAGCUGCGUUCCUUGGAGGGGCUAGAGGUCCGGUUGCCAAAGGAUAAGUGA